UUUUGUUCUCAGUAAGGGGGAAUCCCAAGUAGCUUAGUGUAUUCAAAAUGGCGACGGAUGAGUGGAAGCACUGCGCUGACUGGCUUGUUCGAUGUAACAUUUUACCUGAUGAACAUAGAGCAACUCAACCUAAUGCCAGUGCAUUUGACUUAGCCCAGGCUUUGCGAGAUGGAGUACUUAUAUGCCAUCUGUUGAACAACUUAUCUCCAGGCUCCGUGGACUUGAAAGACUUCAGUCAGAGACCUCAGCUGUCACAGUUCCUCUGCUUCAAGAAUAUUAGAACUUUUCUACAGACUUGCCAGACACACUUUGGUUUGAGCUCUAAUGAUUUAUUUGACCCACUGGAUUUGUUUGAGGUCAAAGAUUUCAGAAAGGUUUUAAAUACACUGUCCAAGUUAUCAAAGACACCAAUUGCCAGAAGGAAAUGCAGUGGCUUUCCACCCGAGCAGACCACACCACACAGACCCUCCCGCAGAUACAAUGAUGAUGAUGAGGACAUUUACGGAAAUCUCCCAGACCUGGCUUUACGUCAUGACCUUGAUGAUAAUGAAGAAAUCUACGAUCACGUAUAUCAGGAAGAUGAUGAUGAAAUAUAUGAAGAUCUAUGUAGAAGGCGGCCUAGAAGAGAAUCAAGUGUUUCUGAACUGCCACCUCCUGUCACUAAACGGGACUUCUGUAUAAAAGAACUCCACGAUACUGAGAAAAACUAUGUAGAGGCAUUGCGAAUGAUUCAAACUCAUUUCAUUAAACCUUUGAGAGAUGUAAUCCCUGCUGCAGACAGAGAUAUUAUUUUUGCACACAUAGAGAAACUAUUGGAGAUUCACAAGAAAUUUCAGUUGGAAUUGCAGGAGGCUUGUGUGAUGGGAAAUAAAAAAAUUGGUGAAGUUUUUGUGAAAUAUAAGAAGAGCUUACUUUUGUAUGGUAACUAUUGCUCAGACAUGCCAAAGGCCCAGGAAAAACUGGAAGAUGUGUUGAAAAGGAGUGAAAAUAUCAGAACACAAAUAGAGGCAUGUGAAAAGAAGGCAAACGAAGGUAAAUUUAAAUUGAGAGAUUUGCUCCAUGUUCCAAUGCAGAGAGUCUUGAAAUACCAUUUAUUACUAAGGGAGCUAAUUAAACAAUCGGGGAAAACUGCAGAAGAUAAAGAUUCACUUCAGCAAGGGCUGGAGGCCAUGAUGGAUUUAUCGCUGUAUGUUAAUGAAGUAAAAAGAGACAAUGAGACCUUACAGCUUAUCAAUGAAAUACAGGCCAGCAUUGGAGACCUUCAAAUGCCUGCUAACACUACAUUAAAAGAUUAUGGCAGACUUCAGAAGGACGGAGAAUUAAAAGUGAAAAACCACACAGAUAAUAAAGUCAGAAUUAGAUACAUAUUCCUCUUUGACAAAGUCAUGCUGAUGUGCAAGGCAAGGGGGGAAUCUUACAGUUUUAAAGAGGCCAUCAUUUUGGCUGUGUAUAAAGUCCAUGACCAACAGCCCGCAAACAGGGAAACACAGCGUCGUGGAGACAAGUGGACCAGUUCAUUUAUAAUGGCAAAGAAAGAUGGCUCAAAUGCAUUUACAUUCUAUGCCAAAACAGAGGAUAUGAGGGCCAAAUGGAUCGAUGCAAUAAAACUGGCAUUAGAGAAUGCUUCCCCUCCACAAGGGAUAAAUUAUGUGAUGCACACAUUUGAACAGCCCACUGAAUGCAGUGUGUGUCAUAAACUUCUGAGAGGUGUGUUUUUCCAGGGUUACAAGUGUACAGAUCCAGGAAGUGAUAUCGCUGUACAUAAGGAAUGCAUUGGCAAACCUCCAAAUGCCGGCAGUCGAGUCCCACCCAUUCCAGCUCGAGUGAUAGAAACAUUUAGAACUUUGGAUGUGGUUCAUGAACGUCGUAGAUCACUAUCAAUCAGGGAUAGUAGUUCAAUAUCACGCUUUGAGAGUAGACGAACCACUAGUAUAAUUUAUGAACGGAGGUCGCCCACUCAUAUACAGCAUAGGCAGGUCCGAGCUCUUUGUAAUUACAAUGGCAAUCCUAACCCUGGGGCCGGCCGCCCAGCCUUGCGCUUUGAGAAGGAUGAUGUGAUAAAGCUACUGAAUAAUGACGCUCAGUGGUGGAAGGGACUGCUGAAUGGAGAUGAAGGCUGGUUCCCUUCACAACUUGUCCAAGAGGAAAAUCCAAGGAUCCGCAGAAAGCCGUCGUAUUUGGAUGUGAAAAUAAAGCCUAGAAAUGAGAACGGAACACCCAGUAUUGUAUCCCCUCCCCGUCCUCACUCCCCCGCUAACAAUGUACCCUAUGUUAAUGUGGAUAACGAUGGAAUGUCCAGUCAGCUCAAUGUCUAUAAAUGGUUUGUGGGUCCAAUGGACAGAGAAACUGCCAAUCGUAGGCUUGGUAACAUGCCAAAUGGGACGUUCUUAAUUCGAGUCAGUGAGAACCCUGGCAGGAGAGGCGAACUCUCUCUGAGUAUUCGAAAUAAUUCUGUACAGCAUAUUAAAGUUCGCAAGGAUGAAGAGGGAUUCUAUAGAUUAAGUAUGGACAAGAACUUCAAAACAGUGAAGGAAUUAGUGGAGUUUUAUCAGGAUAACUCACUAGCAGAUAGUUUUCCAGGGGUGGAUACAACUCUUAAAUUUCCUUUCAAAUCUCAGGCUGGAGGAGGGGCUAGUGCACGAAUUCUGGGCUACGCAGAAGCAGUGUACGAUUAUGCAGCCACUGCUACGUCUCAGCUGUCCCUGUGUCGCGGUGACAGAGUGGCCAUUGUUAGUAAAACAGGAAGUGACAAAGGCUGGUGGAAGGGAGAGCACUGUGUCUCAGGAAAGAAUGGUUACUUCCCCUUAGCGUAUGUAAGAGAGUUGGAUGAUGACUGAUCUUCAGUGAAUGCUAAUAAU